ACGCACCCAGAUCGACAUCUUGCGGGAUCGCCGAAUAUAUUCGCACUAUGAGCACUAGCAAUCGCAAGGGCUCGGAAAACAAUGAGGUCAACAGCGAUGAAGAGUCGGACCUUGGACAUCUGGUCAAGGGAUGUGUUUAUUGCACCAAAGCCCAACCGCCCGGUCAGAGAACGCUGCGUCGUUGUUCCCGUUGCAAGACGGCAUGGUACUGCGUAAGCUGGUCUCGUUCAUAGAUACAAUCUAACCUCCCAUUUCUGACUUUCCAACGGUCGCACUCUAGAGUCCAGAGUGCCAGAAGGCCGACUGGAAGAUUCACAGGGAGCACUGCAAAUCAAGAGAGCAGAUGCGUCAAGAGGCUGGAGAGACGGAUCCUGAUGAGCGAAAGGCUAGGAGAGAGUUCGAAAAAUGGGUAUCCCACCACAACCCUGUGUUAUCACUCGUGAUCUAUCGCGCGCUUAGGCUGCAGUCGGACCCAGACGCGUUCAAAUCUAAAGGCUUGUACAUAUACUUUGAGCCAAAGGCCGACCGCCAAAGCUACCCGCUACAUCAGAGGUAUAAUGUCGUACGUGGAGUCGUUGAGGACCUCGACUCGAUUCGCAACGCUGCGAUUGCCUCCGGUGCUGGCGGUAUUGAAGACCAUGGGCGUGCUC